AUCAGCGGCAUUUCUUCCGAAGUUACACUGAAACUAACACAACAAUGUUGCGCUCAAGAUGAGUCGACAGCAGGACGAGCAGGGUGUCGUGUUAACCGCUUACACCAGCAACAGCGAGGCUUUGACAGCUAUCGGCUGUAAAGAACAACCGGAGUUUCCCGGAGCGAGCCGCAGGACCGGUCAGUACAAUGUCCAGCGGGGGAAAGCGGCCGCUGCGGCUCUGGGCUGGAGCUCAGGUAAGGCACCGUACCAGCGCUGCAGCUCCCAGGACUCUCUGGACGAGCAGGCCAUGGUGGACUACUUCACAGAGGUGGAGAUCAUCCAGCGCAGCGGAGACACGGAGACUCAGGAGGAGGUGCAGCUGAAGGUGGCUGAUGAGGGCGAGCAGGAGGAGGCGUGGCUGAUGGAGGCGGGGCUUGCGACUCUGUUUGACGAGUCUGCUUCAGACGGCGAGGACGGCAUCGCUCUGCUGUCGACUCUGACCCGAACGCAAGCAGCCGCCGUGGAGAGACGUGUGGAGACGCUCAAACAGACGCUACGCAAACGCAACAAACCCUACAGCGUCCCGGAUGUUCGGGAGAUCUUUAAACCAUCACCUGCUUCACAGAGUAAAGACCAGGCUGAAUCCACAGGAAGAAGUGGGAGCAGUGAACAGGAAGUGGAAGGACUGGGUAAUGGGGCGGGGGCUUAUGCUCCAGGGGGCGGAGCUGACGCUGAGACAGACAUUAACCUGGAGGUGUCCUUCUCUGAGCAAGCACUUACCUACAAAGAAGGGUUGAAGGUUACCCAGCCGCAGAAUGAAGCUGACGACAGGUUACCCGAUUUCAGAGUGUCUCAGGAUAAGACCGGACAGACAAGAGUAGGCGAUCUCUCCGCUGAGGACAUGAAGAAGGUUCGCAGGCUAGUUCUGAUCGAGAUGAGCGCUCUGUUCGACACGUGUGGCAUCGAGGUGAAGGCUCAUAAAGCUCUCAAGGUCAAACUGAGAGAGUCGGGAUUGUUUGGUGUUUCUCUCUCGACGCUGCUGGAACAAGACCAGCGGAGGAUCCCGGGGACCAGAGUGCCUCUCAUCCUGCAGCAGCUGAUGCGUCACAUCGAGCAGCAGGGUUUGGACACGGAGGGUGUGCUGCGGAUCCCCGGAGCCGCUACUAGAGUGAAGGCCGUGUGUCACGAGCUGGAGCACAAGUUUUACGAGGGUGUGUUCCCGUGGCAGAGUCUGAAACAGCACGACGCGGCCAGCCUCCUGAAGCUGUUCAUCAGAGAGCUGCCCUAUCCUCUGCUGACCGUCGAGUACUUCAGCGCCUUCCUCUCCGUGCUGAAGCUGCCCACGAAGAAGCAGCAGCUGCAGGCUCUCAAUCUGCUGGUGCUCCUGCUGCCCGAAGCCAACCGAGACACGCUCAAGGCUCUGAUGGAGUUCUUCCAGAGAGUGACUGACCAUAAGGACAGGAAUAAGAUGACGCUGAACAAUGUUGCAGUGGUGAUGGCGCCCAACAUCUUCAUGUGUAAGGGCUUCCGCAGUAAGAUCAGUGAACAGCAGGAGUUUGCUAUGGCCACGGGCACGGCUAACAUCGUCAGGCUGCUCGUCCGCUACCAGAAGCUCCUCUGGACGAUUCCCAAGUUCAUCCUGAAUCAGGUGCGCAAACACAACAUGGAGAACCAGCGGAAGAUGAACCGAGACAGAGCGGUUAAAAAACUGCUGAAGAAGAUGGCAUACGACCGCGAGAGAGCCUCCGACAAACAGGAGAAGAACAGUGAGGCUGAAGGAGGCUUCAUAAGGGUCCAGGCUCCUCAGUUCUGGAAGGGGUCCAUGUCUGUCCAGCUGACGGAGGAUUUAAAGGCCUCUGAUGUUGUGGUGCACUUCCUCAGUCAGGAGAGGUCUCUGUCUGUGAAAAGAGAAGAUCUGUGUCUCUAUGAGAUGGGAGGAAACAUCAAGGAGAGAUGUCUGGAUGAAGAGACGUACAUCAGCGCUCUCCUGGAGCUCAACCCCAGUGCAGAGUGGGUCAUUAAAUCUGUCCAGCACUGACCGGACCUCCCACAGCAUCCCAUCAUGCCCUGCGCCUUACAGUCACCACGGAGGGAAAGCAGCAGGAUCUCCGUAUAUCUGAGCGUCUCUGACACACGUUCAGCCGUCCUCUCCCACCGUUCAAACACUGUGCCCUACACUGAUACGGCUGUCAGCAGCAGCUGUGUGAACAGUGUUUACAGUAAAAGCCAAAGAAGCUCAUCGUGUCUGUGGUGAUGGGGUCUGGUUUGGCUCUUUGGCAGAUUUGAUUUUGUUUGAUACUAAAAAUUCAGAGACUAAUUUACUCAAAAACCCAAUAAAGUGUAUUUUGCUGGCUGUUUGUUGGCUGUUUUUAAAACAUUUGCAUUUGUAACAUUUUCAUCAUAAUUCAACACAUUUCCACUCCCAAUUCUUCUUAUUGUGACACCCAAGAAAUCUCCUCCGCCAUCAGCAGGUUUUCUUUUGGGCUGUUCUGUAAUUCUCAUUCUCAUCACUGUUAAAAGAGUGAAAUAUUUCACGCUUUCAAUAAUAUUGAGUGUUUUUCUCAUUGAGGUAAGCAGUCUUAAGACAGUAAGGACCUGGGGAUAUGCUUAAUUAUUGUGACAAUUGUUACAAUGCAAAUAAUGUUUUUUUAAAUAUUUUGUGUCUUUAAAACAACAACAACAAAUUUCCUUGAUAAUUAACUUGACCCAGAUAUGUUUUUUAUAGAUUUUAUGAGAUGCACCCAUCCACAAAUCUCAUUCAAAUUUAAAUUAUAAAUAUUGCAUGAAAAUAUUGUCUGAGACAAGUCAAGUACUGAAGUACACAUACAUUUCUUCCUUAAACAUCUGAUUACAUGUGAUUGCUCUCUUUGAAUCGGUCACAUGAUGCAUUAGCCCUCACUGCCAGUGAACGUUUGCUCUCUUUUACAUGUUCAUACACUCCCAGGGAUCUUGGAUCUAAUUUUUUCAUGUUGGAGAAAAUAAUGGAAGUCAGAUGAUACUGUAUAUCUGUAAAGGAUUCGAGACUGGAAUCAAGUUUCUCAGUUAGAGCUCAGACCUCAUGAAGGGAAACACUUGGCACUUAAACGGACCCUGUCUGUGUUUUUAUUUACAAUUUCAAUGAGUAGUUUCGAACUGUGAUUUGUAUUUUUUAUCGCUACAUCUAUUGCUGAUGUCAUGCUUUUAUCGUGCUGGAAAACUGUGAAUAUGGUGGAAAAUGACUGUUUUAAUGCUUCUAAAAUAACCACUAAAUGUUUUCAUAAAUAAAUUUGUAAUUAAUCUCCA